UCGUCUAUUUAUUACAUAACUGCGUACCACUAAUCAUCCCAUGGAUUUGGGGAAAUUUCUCAGUCGCAAUCAGCUCCCCUGAGGCCUCUAAAUGAUAAGUUUUGGCAGUGUUUUUCACCUACAUUUGAGGCGCUGAUACGCCAAAAAACUUGCAUAUUUCAGGUGAGUUUGGGAGCGCGUAAUAAGUAUCUCGUCAAUAUUUUCUCUUCCCAAUAAUCUCCUCAUAAACAAAGCCUAUGCGCAUGCCUGGAUUCUCAGUGCAUUCACCAACACAGCCAAGGCGGCGAUUGUGAUAAAAACAGGACGGUUCCAUUGGGGGCAGAAUAGUUGCAAAAGAAAAGUUGUGAAGAAAACAAGUUUCAAGAGCAAAAGCCCAAAGUAAACAUAUUUAUAUACAACACUACUUCUGUCCAUUGUUCGUCAGAAGAGGAAAACAAUCUCGCGAGUGUCACGGUGGAAAUCAGGAGGAAUUGUGUAAUUUUUUUCUAUCUGAAAAAGACAUCAGAGCGCAAAUAGACACAAAAGUAUGCCACCAAGUCGCUUGGAUGGUCUCUACAGGAGUCUCUUGCUGACCAAAUUCUUCUGCAAAGGCUGGGGAAAGCCCGAGAAUCUACAGAGACUAUUUGAGUUCCGGAAAAUCAUUUCCAAUCGUGAGAGCUGCAGUCAACUCGUGCCAUCGAAUUAUCCCGUGGAGAUAACAAAAGACGAAAAGACCUCAGAAUGUCGGGUUUUGGAGGGAAAAUUCGUCACGCCAUUCUCACUGUAUUUGCCAGGAUUGGUGCCUGAAGAGUCGCAAGAUGCGCACUUCCAGGUCAUUCUGCCGCACAAGUGGAACGAGGAGAGAUUCAAGCCGAUGUGCAUCCACUUGGCGGGCACUGGGGAUCACUACUACUGGAAGAGACGAACACUGGCGGCCAAGCCGCUGCUGAAGGAGGGCAACAUAGGCACAAUUAUUCUAGAGAAUCCCUUCUAUGGCGUGCGGAAACCCAAGGAUCAAAAACGUUCCAGUCUGCACAAUGUGUCAGAUAUCUUCGUUAUGGGCGGCUGUUUAGUGCUGGAAUGUCUAGUCUUGCUGAAUUGGUGCGAGAGAAAUGGCUACGGACCUCUGGGAAUCACAGGUCUCUCAAUGGGCGGACAUAUGGCUUCCGUUGCGGCGACCAAUUGGCACAAGCCUCUGGUUCUUGUGCCCUGUCUCUCCUGGUCCACCGCGUCGGCUGUGUUCACGCAAGGCGUCAUGACGCAGUCCAUCAACUGGGACGUGCUGCAGUCGCAGUACUUCUCCGACGAGAAGUACCGCGACAGUCUGGCGAAGAUGGUGACAAUUGUGGACGACGCCUUCCUGGCCGGACAGCGUUUCGUCAAGCAUUUCAACGAGUCAAUGAAGGAGCUGCGAAGAGACAUCAAAGAGACGCACUUUCACACCAAGAAGAAUGUCUUCGGAGUCAAUCGCGUCAACAAUUCGCUCAACUUGUCGCCGGCGCUGCUUGAGAAGCUGCUGUCGCGCGACAAAGGCCGCCUCACCACGCAGGAGGUGAACGAGUUGAAUGAGAAGAUCAGAGAGGCGCAGCAGAGACACAGACUGAGGCCCAUUCCAGGCGCCGAGGAGGUGAAGAUCGAGGUGAUACGCGAGCUGCCCAAGGGCAACGACGUGACGGACGCCCUCAAGAUCCUGGCCAUCGCCAACGGCCUGGCCGUGUUCGAGCCGCCGUCCACGAGCAGCGUGAUCACGUCGGCUCUGUACGGCGGCACCACGAAGCUCAUGAGCUACAUCAUGCCGAGCAGCGGAGACGCCGCGUCCGCGGAGGCGGGCGGCGACGGCGAGAAGGCGUGGUGGCAGAGCGAGGCGCUGCAGUUCAUGCGCGGCGUCAUGGACGAGUGCACGCACCUGAAGAACUUCUCCGUGCCGUACGACACGUCGCUCAUCAUCGCCGUGUGCGCCAAGGACGACGCGUACGUGCCGCGCGAGGAGUGCACGUCGCUGGAGGAGAUCUGGCCGGGCGCCGAGGUGCGCUACCUGGACGCCGGCCACGUGAGCGCGUACGUGCUGCACCAGAAGCUCUUCAGAUCCUGCAUUAUCGAGGCCUUCGAGCGCGCCAAGAAGCUCCAAGCGCCAUCCGUAGACAACUCCAACAGACUGACGUCGGAAGAGUGCUAAAAGUCAGUAGAUUUGCACACAUUUCCACAAAUUUCUUUCAUUUCUUCACAAAAGCUUAUCUUUGAUGCCUAUAAUAAGAUAUUUUUUGUAAAUUACCUCAUCAAAAGCUAAUUGCGCGCCUUGUUUUUUUUUGUCUUUUCUACCCAAUGAAAGUAGUAAUGCGAUUGUGAUACAAUUUUUAGCAAGGAUGUGAUUGAUAAUAAAUGUUGACAGAAAAGCUUA